UCUACCGGUGGUGGUGGGAACUCAUAGUUUAUUUUGAAAGAAAAAGCAUGCUUUUUAAAAUUAAAAAAAUUAAGAUGAUAGCCAAGCUUCACAUUUUUGCAAUGUUUUGGGGAACAUAUGGUUAUAAGCUUAUUCCUAGGAUAGAAGAAUGUGGACUCAUGUGUUCUCAGGGAUUUCAUUGCAAAAUACAAACUUCCAGUGGUCUUUUAAACAGUUUCUGCCAUCCAGCUCCCGCCUCUCUUUCUCAUGUCACACUGAGAAGCAUGAAGCUCUUGACUGCAAUGAAAUGCACAGAAGGACAUCAGUGCUCUCUUCACUUAAGCAUUAAGGGGACACUGCAUCUUAAUGAAAAUGUGCAUGGAAUGGAAAUUUGCUCUCUCUCAAUGAACACUCAGCAGUCCCAGUGUGUAAACAUCAUCAUUUCUAGAAAGACCCAUGUAAAACUUAAGGGAAAGAAGGUGAAAUUGCAGUUUAAUUGCUUUGAAGUCAGUGCUGGGCAACAUGUCUACGUGACCAUGAGAACAAUUCCAAAUUACUGUGGGGUCCAACUGAAUCAAGAGUAUUAUGUUGAAGAUUGCAGAAACAGUGAUGUGGGAAAAAAUUUUCCAGACUGCUUUGUUGGAAAAUUAGCCUAUGAAGUGGACAGAGCAAGACAAACCAUAUUGGUGAAUGUAUCUGAUAUGACCCAAAAUGAUGAUUAUUAUGUACGUUUAUGCCAUCAGCAGUUUGUAUGUGAGGAUGCAGGAUCGGUCAUCUUGAUACAAAGGAAUGACCCAGUGAAAUCAAUUUCUUUGCCAUUUACCCGGCUAUUGCCUUGUUUGUGCAUCGAGGCCUGGCCAGCAAUUCCAGAUGCACGGCGAAUACAGAUGUGUCCUUUUGAAAAUAAUACCAAGGCCUUGUGGGAUGACAUUAUUUAUAAUCCUGUUGCCCAUACUUUGACUUGGGAACCUGCCUGUCCUAUUCAUGUCAAUGUCAGCCUUUGUAGGCUCAUGAAGAUGAACAAUCAAUGUGUUGAUCGGCUGAACUUUCCAAAAACAGCUCAAGAGAAAGUAAAAUAUUCUCGUGUUAAUGCACAUCCAAGACUUUGUAUGAAGUUUUCAACGAAGCAUGGCUCUUGGCUUAGAUGCCCAUUUGCUCAUGGAAAUGCCCAAGACACACAUGACCAUACUUACUGGAACAACCCUGAAGACUCUCACAUUUCACGUUUACAAAUCAAAGCCCUUGCAAAAAGCAUGAAAGAUCUACGUUUGAGUUUAACCCCCUUGAAGAACAGCAUUUGA